GCACACGAACGCAACCUUUGCGAACGCCAACUUUGAUUGGUCAACUGCGUGCUUACGUCACUCAGCAUUUAGCAACCUGAACGACGCGUCGCGCUUCAGUGUAGAUUAAAACUACGGACACAUAUGCGAGUGAAUGAACGAAAACAUUCGGAGCUCCAGAAGCGCAUUGUGGUCAGAUGAAUGAGACAUUUAAAGUUUUAAUGAACAUAUUUAUGUUCUUUUAGACUGUCAAACUGUCAAAUAUGGAAAAUGAUUGACAGAAGUUUUGCCAGCUUCCGUUAAACUUGGAUAAGUUGUCGCCGAGCAGGUCUGCAGAUGGUCAAAUCAUGGAUUCAUCAUUCCGAAAGUUGGAAAAACUGGAAAAUAAUAAGAAUGGGACAGUAAAGCAGGUGCUCCUGGAUGGAUGUGUGCCCUUCUCUCAUCAGGUGGCCGGACAUAAAUGCGGGAUCAAUAACACCGGUGUUCUGCAGCAUCCUGAUGGGACGAUCCUGAAACAGCUACAAGCUCCUCCGAGAGGCCCACGAGAGAUGAACUUCUACACACAGGUAUUUGCUAAAGACUGCACAGAUACAAGGCUACUGGAGCUGCAACAACAUCUUCCCAAGUUCUAUGGCACAUGGGCACCCCGAGAGUCACCACAUGACCUAUAUCUGAAACUGGAAGAUGUGACGAGGAGGUUCUUUCGGCCCUGCAUCAUGGAUGUGAAGAUCGGGAGGAGAAGUUACGACCCGUUUGCAUCAUCAGACAAACGUGAAGAGCAGAUUAGCAAGUAUCCUCUAAUGGAAGAGAUCGGGUUCCUGUUACUGGGCAUGAGGGUGUACCAGAUCGACUCAGACAGUUACAUUGCUCAUGACCAGCUCUAUGGACGCAGUCUCGGAAAGGACACCAUUAAAAAUGGCUUGACUAGAUUCUUCCACAAUGGUCAAGAAUUACAGAGGCAUGCAGUUUCUCUGAUCAUCUCUAAAAUCCGGAGCAUUCUUCGCUGGUUUGAGAGCCAGACUCAGCUGCAUUUCUAUGCCAGCUCUCUGCUGCUGGUUUAUGAAGGCUCUCCUCACACAAUCAAUGAAUCCAGACACGAGCCAGCUGAUCCAGGAACAGAACAUCAGCAGGGGGAGCCACAGAGCAACUCUAACAACCCCCAUGAGGCUUUGAGCUUUCAGAGCAGUUUAAGACACAGUCAUCCGUACUGCCACGUCGUUCAGCAUGAGAGGAACGCCAACGGAAAGUGUGGAGGAAGUGUGAAAGAGAAAGAUGCGGAAAUUGGAAAGGGGGAUAAAAAGCAGUUUGGACAGGAGGAGGCAGUGGAGGUGAAGAUGAUCGAUUUCGCUCAUGUAUUUCCCAGCAACUGUCCGGAUGAGAGCUACAUGUACGGACUGAGGAACCUUCUCUCAACUUUAGAACAAAUACUAAAGGACUGACAUCUGACCUCCUGAGAGAGUCCAUCUCUCUCUGUCUUCUCUGGUCAGAUGCUUCUGACUGCUGUUUUAAAGCCAGUGGAGAUCACAUGCAUACACAUGCCUUAAUUUGGAAAAUAGGUUUAUUAUAUGUUUAUAGGGAUAUGUUUCUUAAUGUUUUGAGAUAAAAGAGUUGAUUGCAUAAUGAUAACAUACUGUAACUUUCAGAACUCAAGUCUCCGGAUAAAGGCUGUCACAGUUGACUGUCAGCAACUAAUAAUUUACUAAAAAUAUAGGUACUGUAGGACUCAGGGAAAAAUUAUUCAUUAAUUAUGAUAAAGCAGUUCAUCUGUGCUGUCAAAACACACUUACAAUGUAAGUUACCGAUGUCUCAUAAUGACUUCACUUCUGAUGCAACUAUUAAUGUUUUUAUUCUAAAAAUGCACUGAUUCCAAAGUAAAUUAUAGUUUAUUUUUAACAUGUUUGUUUACCUUAUCUAUAUAUGCACAUUGGUAAUUUAUUUUAUUUUUACAAGUAUUUACAGUUAAUUUGGGCUAAUAUGAAUGCGUAAUGCAUUUAAAAAUCUACACUAGCAGUCAAAAGAUUUUUAAUAGAAGUCUCUUCUGCUCAACAAAGCUGCAUUUAUUUGAUCCAAAAUACAGCAAAACCAGUAAUAUUGUGAAAUAUUUUUUACUAGUUAAAAUAACUGCUUUCUAUUUGAAUAUAUUUUAAAAUGUAAUUUAUUCCUGUGAUCAGAGCUACAUUUUCAGCAUCAUUACCCUAGUCUUCAGUGUCACAUGAUUCUACAGGAAUUAUUCUGAUAUGCUGAUUUGCUGUUCAUGAAACAUUUAUUGUUGUUGUUAUUAAUAUUUAAAACUUUUAAAUAUUAUGGGGAGUAUGGACAUUAAUACUUUUAUUUAGCAAGGAUGCUUUAAAUUGAUCAAAAAUGAUGAUAAAAACAUUUAUAAUGUUACAAAAGAUGUUUAUUUCAGAUAAAUGCUGUUCUUCUGAACUUUCUAUUCAUUAAAGAAACCUGAAAAAAUUAUACUCAGCUGUUUUCAACAUAAUAAUAAUAAUAAAAUGUUUUUUGAGCAGCAAAUCAGAAUGAUUUCUGAAGGAUCACAUGACCAGUCAGUAAUGAUGCUAAAAAUUCAGCUUUAAAUCACAGGGAUAAAAUACAUAUUAAAAUAUAUUCAAAUAGAAUGCAGUUAUUUUAAAAAGCAAAAAUAUUUCAGAAUUUUACUGUUAUUGCUGUACUUUGGAUCAAAUAACUGCAGGCUUGGUGAGCAGAGGAGACUUCUUUAAAAAAAACAUCAAAAAUCUUACUUUUUAAAAACUUUUGACUGGAAGUGUAUCAAGAUUUGUAGAACUUUUAUUGUUUGAAAAUAUGAAAGGUUUUUAAGAACAUGUUCAAUGUUAUUAUUCAAUGUUUUUAUUGUUCAAAUAAAUGUGAAAUUUUAAAGUUA